AUGGCUCCCAGGUCCCAACGCCGAAGGCACAGAAAAAACCCUUCAUUGCUGGGUCCUGUGGCUGCGUCCCCCAUGCCUCAGAGCCUCCCUGAACCUGGGCCUAGCAUUGAUGCUCUGGGCUUCCUCUCCUUGGAGAAGAAUGUUCCUGGGCUGUCCCAGUUGCUCCUGCAGAAACUGAACAUGAAAAGCUAUGAUGAAUACAAGUUGGUGAUAGAUGGGGGUAGCCCAGCUCCAGGCUUCGGGUUUCAGUGCCCUCGAGAAAUGUUCCAGAAGAUGGAGGACACGUUUCGGUUCUGUGCUCACUGCACAGUGCUCCCUAGUGGCCUCUCAGACUCUAAGGUCCUUCGGCGCUGCUCUAGGUGCAGAAAUGUCUACUAUUGUGGCCUAGAGUGCCAGAGGUCAGACUGGCCAGUGCACAGGAGAGUUUGUCCGGUGCUGAGACUCGUGGCUGUAGAUCGUGUCAUGGAAUGGCUUCUGGUCACAGGAAAUUUUGUCCUGCCCUCGGAUCCAUGGCCAUGUCUGGGUGAAGCCGUGCAGGACUGGGAUGCCUGGUUUUCUAUGCGGGGUCUGCAGCUUGAUGCCACAUUGGAUGCUGUGCUCAGGAGCCGUGCCAUGACUAACCUGUGGGCCAGUGUAGAUCGGCCGAGGCCAGACCCGCAGGCUCUCCAGGCCUCGAUGAAGCGGCUCCUGACAGAUGCCCUGUCCCGGCCCUUGACCCUGGGCCUGGGGCUGCAGAUCUUCGGGAUUGAUGUCAGAAAGGCUGGGGGCAGCACCAUGCAUGUGGUUGGCGCUUCCCAUGCUGAGACAUUUCUCACACGCCCAGGGGACUAUAAUGAACUGGGAUACAUGUUUCCUGGACACCUUGGCAUCCGUGUGGUCAUGGUGGGUGUAGACGUGGCUGUUGGCUUCUCACAGGGCACCUCAGUGUCUCCUGUGGAGCCUGGAACGGUUCAGCUGAUUAGUCACAGGGGCCUGUACCAUGACUUCUGGGAGGAGCAGGUGGACACUGGGCGAGUGGCCUAUCCAGAUUUGGUGGUGGCCUUUCACCCAGGUUUCCAUGCUACUCCGGACCUCCUAAAGGCCUGGCUGCCUACCCUCCUCCUGCUCCGGGAUUACAAGGUCCCUACAAUGAUGACUGUCUACAGCUGUCAAGAACUGGCAGCCUCUUUGCAGAUUCUAGUGGACCUGGAUGUACACAUCAUGGCCAGUGGAGCAAACCCUUUCGCUUCCCUCAAACCUGAACAGGUCUAUUCCAGACCCAACCAGCAGCCAGUGUACUGCAGCGCCUACUACAUAACCUUUCGGGGUCGCUCCUGCCAAUCAGAGCAGCCUCCAUCAAUAGAGGAAGUAGAUGGUGGUUGUGCCUGAUUCUCUGAGCUGGAUCUGAAUUGGGUGUACAGAAAUGGAGAGAUUUGGAGGAAGUCACCACGGUGGGCCCAGAUUGUUGCCAGCUUUGAA